AUAAAACAGGCGUGUAGCUCUCGGUCAUGGAUAUUGCAUUGAGGAAGGGAGCUCCAACACUGUGCAGGCAUGAGUAAGAUCACUUUCUACGAGGAUAAAAACUUCCAGGGUCGUUCCUAUGAAUGUGACACGGACUGCCCUGACAUGCAUCCACAUUUUAGUCGGUGCAACUCCAUUAAGGUAGAUGGAGGCUGCUGGGUUCUGUAUGAAAGACCCAACUACACUGGCUACCAGUAUGUUCUGACCCGGGGAGAGUACCCAGAGUACCAGCGCUGGAUGGGCUACAAUGACACAAUCCGCUCAUGCCGUACCUUCUCUUAUGUGAGUAAUCGGGAGGCCAGCGGCGGACCCUACCGCAUGAGGAUCUAUGAGAGGCCAGAGUUCCAAGGACAGAUGAUGGAGUUCAAUGAGGACUGUGACUCUGUCCAGGACCACUUCCGCAGCCGCGACAUUUACUCCGCCAAUGUCAUGGAGGGGUACUGGACCCUCUACGAGCACCCCAACUACAGGGGGCGCCAGUACUUUAUGAGGCCUGGAGAGUACAGAAAGUUCAGUGAAUGGGGCGCCACCUGUGCCACCACCGGCUCCUUCCGUAGAAUCACCGACUUUUAGGCCCAAUUUGUUCUCCAUUCUGACCAGUUAAUAAAAUUAUUGUUUAAAUGA